AUGUCCAAAAGAAAAGCGCCCGCCGCCAGCAGCCCGCCCACAAUCCAGGACACCUCCGCCCGCCCCCCCAAACGCCAAAAACCAUCCUCCUCCUCCUCAGCGCCGACCCCCUCUACCUCGGCCCCAGAAUUCUCCCCCAUAACCCUCUGCACAAAAUGGACAACCCCCACCCUCCCCUCCCACCUCCCCCCCUUGCCCCCCAUCCUCUCCCCCACCCUCGAAACUGCAGCGCUCACCCACUCCGGGCAAAAAAAAUCCCCCUCCGACCUCUCCUACGAGCGCCUAGAAUGGAUAGGCGACGUCUACCUCGAGCUCAUCGCCUCGGAGCUCAUCUUCGCCACCUUCCCCUCCAUCCCCGAAGGUGAAAUGUCCCGCCGUCGCGAGCUCCUCAUCCGCAACUCAACCCUCUCCGCCUUCUCGGUCCGGUACGGCCUUGACAAGAGAGCAAACUUCCCCAGCGAGUUCAAUCUGACAGGCAGACCGAACGGCAGCACGGCCCACGCCAAAAAGAAGGAGAAGGCCCUGGCGGAUAUUUUUGAGGCGUAUGUCGGGGGGGUGAUAAGGUCUGAUCUUGUCAAUGGGUACAAAAAUGCUGUGGUUUGGUUGAAGGCGUUGUGGGGACCGUUGUUGAAGGCGGAGAUCAAGGUUGAGGAGGGCGGGGGACGGAUGAUCGACAAGGAGCAGAAUCCGAAGGUGAGGCUGGAGCAGCUGAUCGGGGCCAGUUGUGUCAGGAUUGAGUACAGGGAUUUGCCUGGGACGGGGGAGAGGUUUGUGGAUAAGCAGCCGCAAUUUGGGAUUGGCGUGUAUUUCACGGGGUGGGGGGAGGAGAAUCUUUUGCUGGGGGAGGCGUGGGAUUUUGGCAAGAAGAGUGCCGGGCACAGGGCGGCGGAGAAGGCUUGUGGGCAUCCGAUGGUGGUGGGGAGGUUGGUGGAGAGGAAGAGGGCUUAUAUGGCCAAGAGGGCCAUUGAGAGGACGACGGAGGAGGAGGAAGGGAAGGGGGAGGAGUGA